GCGCGCGCGCGCGCGCGCGGCCCAAGCCGCGCCCUCGGGGCGGCUUCCUUGGCUGUCAAACCUCGGCUGGAGCGCGGGGCGCAGGGUGCGGAGUCCCUUCUUCCCCAGUUUACCCCGCGAGCGAGAGAAAGGAAAGGAUUGUCAAAGACUCCCGGAUGUUGAGUGGCCUGAGGAUCCGGCUUCACUGGGGUGCCACCAGACGUCUUCCUGGUUUUGCAUCGCUUCAGGACUCUCCUGGAAUUGCUUUUUAAACCUCAUCUUGACAGCCUCUGGCGCUCUGAACCUGGCGCUUCUUAAGUUGGCAUUACGCACAACACUUAGCUGUCGACGUCGGAAGAGAACUGACUUGAAGCCCACGGCGCUUGACCCAGGAGUAGGAGAGGGAAUGGACUGCUGAAGUGGGCGAAGUGGUGCAGAGGGGGCACCCCCCAUGCUGCCCUGUUUCCAGCUGCUGCGCAUAGGGGGCGGCAGGGGCGGGGACCUCUACACCUUCCACCCCCCAUCCAAGUCUGGCUGCACCUAUCGAUUGGGCUGCAGGGCCGACCUGUGUGAUGUGGCCCUGCGGCCCCAGCAGGAGCCCGGCCUCAUCUCUGGGGUCCAUGCAGAGCUGCAUGCUGAACUCCAAGGGGACGACUGGAGGGUGAGCCUGGAGAACCAUAGCAGCCAAGUUCUUAGCUUCCUACGUCAAACUCAAGGUUUGAAGAUGCCUGACCUGAGGUGUCCUGGACAUCAGUCCCCAACAGGCAACAGGACUUUGGUCAAUAAUGUCCGACUCCCAAGGGGCCACAGACAGGAGUUGAGUGAUGGUGACCUCCUGACCUUUGGCCCCCAAGGGCCAGCAGGAACCAGCUCCUCGGAGUUCUACUUCAUGUUCCAACAAGUCCGGGUCAAACCUCAGGACUUUGCAGCUAUAACCGUCCCUCGGUCUAAGGGAGACGCCGGGGGUGGUUUCCAGCCGAUGCUGCCCCCGCAAGGGGCACCUCAGAGACCACUCAGCACCCUCUCCUCUGCCCGGAAGGCCACACUGAUACUCAAUUCCAUCGGCAGCCUCAGUAAGCUCCAACCCCAGCCUCUUACCUUCUCCCGUGGCGGUGGCAGGCCACAGGGCCUGGCUGUUCCCACUCAGCCUGGGGAAGUGGGAGCUUCGCCUGCCCCACCCACAAGAAACCGGAGGAAGUCAGCUCAUAGAGUGUUGGCAGAAUUAGACGAUGAGAGCGAGGUUUCCCUGGGCACCCUGUCAGUCCUGACGGAGCCCAGGAAGAAACUCCGUGUGGAGAAAGCCGCUGCCCUGAUAUCCAGCGGGGAAUGACCACAGGGAAAGACCCAUUGCUAGAGACUGACUCAAGGCUGAAGAAUGCUUAACGGCUGAAGUGACAGAACGGAUGGUUUCCUGCCAAAUACCUUGCAGCCUCCAAGUUACCAGUGAGCUACAAGCCCAGUCACAAGGAACAGAGCCUUGUUUCCAUGGAUGCCAGGAUCUCUGUCUUAGAGCACCAAUCACAGAAGCCGUCCCUAGAAGGUAUAAGAGGGAACUCUAAUGUCUCUUUAUUUUGCUGAAGCCAGCAUACCAGGCAAAUCUCUGCCACCAAGCAACACCCUCUAACCCUAUUAAUGGUCUUCGAUGGCAUCAGCUAAAGCACCCUGAGGGACCCAGGGCACAGCCCCAAGGCUUCCUCUCGCCAUGGCUAGCUAGUACUACCACCGAGUCUCUAUGACUAGCUUUUCAGAGCUCUGCCUUUUUUUUUUUCCAAAUAAAGAAUAAACUGCUUCACCUACACAAGGGUA